AUGGGCCAAACUAAGAUAAGUCUUAAGGAAUUAGCCAGCGUCAAAAGAAAAUUCACUGAACCUAUAGAUGAUUAUCUAAAUAGGUUCCGUUUGUUAAAAUCUAGAUGCUUUACAAUAGUGCCUGAACACGAGUUGGUCGAAAUGGCCACUGGAGAUAGGGUUCGACAGGUCGAACGCUUAAAAUCUGAAAAGGCCAGAGCGAAUAAGAAUUAUAAGAAAGAAAGGGUUGCUUAUGUCGAAUUCGAAGACGGAGAGUCUGAAAUUGUUGAAGACCCUUAUGGUCUUGAGGAAUUCGAAGUAGAUUUGGCAGAAUUAAAAGAAGCACCACCCUAUGCCUGCAAAUUACUUACACCUUCGAAUGGCAGAAACCCUGUUGAAACUGAAAAGAAUGAUAGAUUUCCCAAAAAGACUUACACAUUUGAUGUUACCAAAUGUGACGAGAUCUUCGAUUUAUUAGUAAAAGAGGGCCAAAUGAUAGUUCCUCCUAAUACCAAAAUUCCUCCGUUAGAACAACGAAAGAAAAGAGGCUUCUAUAAAUAUCACAAUUUUUCAGGCCAUAAAACUUCACAAUGCUUUCUUUUCAGGGAUCUUAUUCAGAAUGCAAUCAUGGAUGGUCGCCUCAAGUUCGCUGGCAAAGGGAAAAACCAGAUGAAAGUUGAUAUUGAUCCCCUCAACAUUACUGAGACAAACUAUGCUUAA